GGAAGUGGGGAAGUUGUGCCUUGCCCGCCCCGCCGAGAGCCGGAGCCAUGGGCCCCGCCGGGGGGGCGCGGGCCGCCCCCUCGCUGCUGCUCUCGCUGCUGCUCGGAGCCUCGGCCCCGCUCUGGCUGCGGGCGGAGACGCUGGGGGAUGGAUGUGGGCACACAGUCAUGUACCAAGACAGUGGGACACUGGCAUCCAAGAACUAUCCCGGGACAUACCCAAACUACACUCUUUGUGAAAAGAAAAUCCAAGUGCCUCCAGGAAAACGCCUGAUCUUGAAAAUUGGAGACCUGGAUAUUGAAUCACAGAAAUGCGAGUCCAGCUACCUUACUAUCCAGAGCUCUUCAACGUUGCAUGGGCCGUACUGUGGUAAUGUGAUGCCUGUUCCCAAAGAAAUCAUUCUGGAUAGCAAUGAGGCAACUAUUCACUUUGAGAGUGGAUCCCACGUGUCAGGACGAGGCUUUUUGUUGUCCUAUGCCAGCAGUGAUCAUCCAGAUCUGAUCACCUGCUUGGAACGAGCCAACCACUACACAAAGGCUGAAUUCAGCAGAUACUGUCCUGCUGGCUGCAGAGACAUAGCGGGUGACAUUUCUGGGAAUAUUGGAGAAGGAUACAGAGAUACGUCUCUGCUGUGCAAAUCUGCGAUCCACGCCGGCGUGGUGGCGGACGAGCUGGGUGGGCAGAUCAGCGUCACGCAGCACAAGGGCAUCAGCCGCUACCAGGGCGUCGUCGCCAACGGCGUCCCCUCCCUUGAUGGUUCUCUGUCAGAUAAGCGAUUUACAUUUACUUCCAAUGGCUGCAACAAAUCUCUCAGUCUGGAAGAGGGAUUCCUCUCCAAGAGCCAGGUUACUGCAUCUUCCUACUGGGAGGAGACCAAUGAGUUUGGGCAACUACUCCUGUGGUCCCCAGACAAGGCUUGGCUACAAGUCCCGGGAUGGUCUUGGGCCUCUAACCACAGCAGCACCCGCGAAUGGCUGGAGAUAGACCUGGGAGAGAAGAAGAGAAUAACGGGGAUUAAGACCACUGGUUCUGGAUCCGUGAAUUUCAACUUUUAUGUGAAGACAUUUACAAUGAACUAUAAAAAUAACAAUUCAAAAUGGAGAACUUACAAAGGGAUUCUGAGCAAUGAAGAAAAGGUGUUCCAAGGCAACUCCAACUUCGGUGACGUAGUGCGCAAUAACUUCAUCCCUCCGAUCGUGGCCCGUUACGUGCGGAUUGUCCCUCAGACCUGGAACCAAAGAAUAGCACUGAAGCUGGAGCUGAUGGGCUGCCGGAUAAUGCCAGCCAACAGUUCAUUCACGCAUUCCAUGUGGCAGAAACCGAGUCAGAGCACAGAAACCUCCCUUGGAAAAGAAGACAGGACUGUUACAGAGCCCAUCCCCUCCGAAGAAACUAGCUUGGGUUUAAAGCUUACAGCUAUAAUUGUCCCCAUCUUCAUUGUGCUGUUUCUGUUCUUGUUCUCUGGAAUUUGUAUCUGCGCAGCCCUACGCAAGCGAGAAGCCAAAGGACUUUCCUAUGGAUUAUCCAGUACUCAGAAAUCAGGUUGUUGGAAACAAAUCAAGCAGCCCUUUACCAGACAUCAGUCAACUGAAUUUACCAUCAGCUACAAUAACGAGAAGGAGACACCACAAAAGCUGGAUCUGGUCACCAGUGACAUGGCAGAUUAUCAGCAGCCUCUCAUGAUCGGAACUGGGACGGUAACACGUAAAGGAUCUACUUUUCGCCCCAUGGACACCAAAGAGGAGGGAAGAAGGGGGAGUUCUGAGUUUGAAAAUCACUAUCACUGCCCUCACAGAGCUAACAGGCAUGAAUAUGCUCUGCCCCUGACCAGCCAAGAGCCCGAGUACGCCACCCCCAUCAUAGAGCGGCACAUAGCAAGAGAAAAUAAUUUCCCCCCUGAGAACGGCUACAACAUUCCUGUCGCCUCAUCUCAGAUACAUUCCCUUACCACUGGCAGCUUCUCCAGCUCCUGUAAAACCGACACCAGGAACGGAGACUAUCAGACACCCCAGAGUGUCAUAAACUACGACAAACCCAAAGUUAAUGGUGUUCUGACCUCCGUGAGCUACAGCACAGACUACCAGAAGCCCCAGCAAACUGCUCUGGGGGGCGAGGGUUACUCCACGCCCAGAGACUGCCUAAAGCCCAUAAGCCAGACAGCAAUGACAGCUCUCUUGUGAUUUGCCGAGCAGGAGCGGCACGGUGCGCCGGAACAUCACCGCACAGCUUUCUGAAGUGAAAACAGAGUUUGGAGGACUCUGCUGUGGGAGGCAGAAGGCAAACAAGCCCUGUGUACAUAAUAUUGCUGUCUUGCUGGGUUCUGACAUCUGAAGAAAGCAUAUGCUGUUUAUCACUGUUUAUAGCAAGAGAGAUGUUAUCAGUGAAGACUGUACAUCUUAUUUUCUGUAACUGAUCUCAGUGCUCCAUUUGCAAUGUGUGCAAUUUGUACAUAGCUUUUAUUUAAGGAGAAUUUCUUAGGUUUCCUUUUCACCUGGGGGUUUGAAAGGAUUGCAGGAAUGACUAUUUAAGAAAAACAGCCCUCUUUUUCUGUCUUUAUCUUACCUGCUGCUGUACUGGCAGCUGUAAAUGGUGUAUCUUAUGGUUGUGUUGAUUCAUCUCCUUUCCUGUGAUAGCUGAAGAUAGGGCUGUAGUUCUAUCUGGAAGGAUAGAAGUUAAACUUCUUGCUGCAUAAUGUGCAUGAGAGAAGGCAGCUGAGUAUUUAAAUACUGUGCUCAAACACAACUUCCCAGCUGCUUUUUUAGCAGCAAUUCUCACAGGCUUGAAUUUGAUCUAGCAUACAAGCUGAGCCCAUUGAACUUGCAAUUCAUGUUAGAAAACAGGUAGAAAGGCUGAAACUGGUUUUGGGUUCAAGCCAUGGUUAUCACUCCACAACAGGAAAAAAAAAAAAAAAAAAAAAAAAAAAAAAAAAAAAAAAAAAGAAAAGAAAAAAGGAAAAAAAAAAGAAAUCAAGCCAAAAAAUCAGAACCAAACACCAUAUCCAAUACCAGUUAAUCUGGAGAAGUUAUUUUAAUUUUUUUAUUUAUUUAUUUAGGAAGUGUGUGUGUAACCAAAAUGUGAAUUUACAGAAUUUACAGCUGAGAAUUCAAUGCUGUUCAAGCCCUAGCUCAUUCUUUUGCUGCUAAAACUGUAAGGAAAUUUGUUCUUUGGCACAAAGCAGCAAACUUCCUGAACUCUUCAUUUCUCCACUAGGUAUUUUUCUGUCUUACAAAUUUAGUGUAACAUUUCUGUUAGAAGUAUGUCAACGAACUGAAACACAGUGUGUGUAUGGGUUACUGUUGCAGUUAAAUCUGAAAGACAGCACAUCAGCACUGUUGGUUUUGAAUAGUUUUUCUUUUGCAGCUAAUGUUUCCCUUAGUUCCGUUUUCAGAAAAACUUGAAAAAGCUUGGGAUUGGGUGCAAUGUAUCGCACAGCAGCUGGCUCCUCUUUCAGCAGGGGCAGCUUUGGAGCAGAGCAGCUUCUGGUCAUGACUGGGACCGUCCACUGCCCUUCUACCUCCAGUGCUUGGGGCAUUUCUUUGAAUUCAAAAGCGUGCCCUAAAAUGUCAAGAAGCAAUAAACUUCUGUGAAGAAAGAAUGGUGCUAUACUUAAAGCACAAGGUUGGGAAACGAGACCAGCAAAACCUGAGCUCUGGGAAAGCCACUCUUUGAAGGCCCUCCCUUUAUUUCCUUGUUUAUAAACGGGAUGAUUUGCAAAGGAGGCAACGAAGAUUGAUCGGUCUGUUCACAGAGUGCUUUCAGAUCUCUGGGUGGAAAGUGCUGUCAGAGGACAGACUGGUUGCAGUGGUACUGCUCACAAAUACUGCUGACUCUGGCCAGACGCGAACUUAAGGCGAGCUCUGAGUGGGUUCUUUGCAUACCCUUGUUUUGCAGCCUCAGGUGGUGCCAUUCCCCCAUGCUGCCGCACCGUGCAUGCGAUUCCCGUGCAGAGGAGAAAGAGUCAAGGUAACCUCGUAGCCUUCCUGUGUUUGCUGUCAAUACAGUUUCUGUGAAAUGUCUAAAACACCUCAGGUCCUGAAGUGAAACAGCAGCAGCCUGUUUGUUAGACCGAGCUGGGCGGUGUUGUUUACCUUCUGUUGUUUACA